AUGCACCAAUCGUCGUCGAUUUAUGAAAGGAAAGCUUCGACGCUGUUCAGGUCUUCGUGGGACCCGAAGCCGAAACCUCCUGAGCGCUCGAAACUCAGACCUCCGACCUCUGCGCUCCUCCGAAUCCAGGGCCUCCGGCGCCAGCUUCCGAAAUCCAGGCCACCCCUUCCUUCGCACCAGCUCCCAGCACUACCAAAGCCAGGUCCUCCUGCGCCAGCUCCGAAUCCAGGGCCUCCGGCGCCAGCUCCGAAAUCCAGCCUCCGCCUAGCUCCGACUCCAAAGCCAGGUCCUCCAGCGCCAGCUCCGAAUCCAGGGCCUCCGGCGCCAGCUCCGAAUCCAGGGCCUCCUGCGCCAGCUCCAGCUCCAAAGCCAGGUCCUCCGGCCAGCUCCGAAUCCAGGGCCUCCGGCUCCUGCACCGCCGCCGAAACCGGGACCACCUCCCUGCAGCAGAGAGAGGAACACCACCUCCGAAACCAGAACCACCUGGACCUCCUGCGCCAGCUCCGAAUCCAGGGCCUCCAGCGCCAGCUCCAAAGCCAGCCCCAAGACCAGCUGGGCCAGCACCUCCGGCACCAAAGCCAGGACCUUCAGCGCCAGCACCAAAGCCAGGUCCUCCGGCGCCACCUCCGAAUCCAGGGCCUCCCCCCCAGCCCCCAAAGCCAGGACCCCCAAACGCCGCCCCCAAAACCCGGGUCCCCCCGGCGCCAGCUGGGCCAGCACCCCCGGGCAAAAAAAAGCCAGGCCCUCCGCCCCCAAACACCACCAAGAGGUACGCCUCCAAAUCCUGCACCUCCGGAGCCUCCGAAUCCGGCUCCUCCAGCUCCGGCUCCCAGUGCUGCACCCCCUCCAAAGCCGGCUCCACCAGCGCCUCCGAAUCCGGCUCCUCCAAAGCUUGUCGCCAGCGAAGCCGGCCCCAAAGCCAUCCUCUGA